AUGGAAGUCCCUGAUAAAGUAAAGAAGUUGUUGCCAAAAUCAACAUUCGAUCCACAAUCGACUAACGCUUCUAUACGUACUUUCAUGCGAUUGAUUGAACAAGAUUGUGAUCAAUUAGUGGACAAACCACCUUAUAUGUCCUAUAAGAACCGUGAGUUCCUCUCUGGCUUCAUCAGCCUGUACCGUGAGGAGAAGUGUCUGUGGCUGACGUCCUCACCGGACUACAGCAAUAAGCAGAAGAGGGAGGCUGCUUACACACGGAUGGUGGACUACUCCAAGCUCACCUUCUCUGCUGCCUCGGUGGCCUGGGUCUGUAAGAAGAUCGCCAAUCUACGGACAGUCUUUGUGAAGGAAAAUCGCAAAGUGGAGGAGUCCAAGAGGUCAGGGGCCGGCGCAGACAACGUGUAUGUGCCGCAGUUGUGGUACUUUAAGGAUCUCAACUUCCUCCUCGAGAAAAGGUCUGCUAAGGAGUCCAUGGUGGUGAUGGCCGAGUUCGAGGAGGGAAGUCUGGACGUGGAUGAGGCCGAAGGGACACCUGAAGAAGACCUCAGCCGGACCCCUGCCCUCAUCAACAUCUCCCCUGAGGAAGCUACCUCUCCGCCGCGACCUACUGGGAAGAGGAAGCCGCGGAAAACAAAAUUUGUAGAGGACCCUCUCCUAGCGGAGGCACGUUCCCAACUGCUGCGUAAACCUGACGAGUUUGAUGACUUUGCUGCGUAUGUCAGCAAAACAAUGCGGAAGGUUUCUGCGCAGCAGCAGGUCGAGUGCCAGCGCCUGGCGUCGCAGGUGUUGUAUGAAACACUAUCAGGGCAUCUGACACUGGAGUGGAGAGUCCACGGCCCUGAACCUAAAGCACCUGCUACUCAAUUCCCAUUGUCAUUUUGUUCACCACCACCCACCUACCCUACAUCUACUACUCCCCAUCCAAGCUAUCAUUCCGGGUAUCCGCAACCACAGGCCCAAUCCAACUACCCUUCCUCCACUUUCCAUCCUCCUCAAACCCCUCCUCAGCAAAUCAUCCACCCUUCCCGUUUUCGCCAACCCCAUCCACGCACCCUUCCCCCACUUUCCAAUCUCCUCCUCAAACCUGCUACCCUUCCCAAGCCAGCCACACAUCCACCGUCUCCUCUGCAAUUAUGACCUCCUUGAUGUCACAGGGGGGACAAGUGGACGAGGAGGAGGAGACAAGUCUCUUUCAAAUGUAGGGUGAUUCUCAAUUACUGGUGUCCUUGUUAUACAUACCAACAGAUGUGGUGCAGUCUGAUACUACGGUGAGUGUCAACGCUUUCAGGCGGACAAUGCACACAUGCUGCUAGGGACUGGUUGAUGGUGCCGGGGACCCAGCUUCCUGCCCCUAGCUGCAUGUGUGCAUUGAGCCCCUGGCUGCGGUGCCACUCAACUCCGCAGUAUCAGAAUGCACCACAUCUGUUGGUAUAUAUAACAUUCCUGCUGCCCUGGUAUAUACGGUGAUAGAUCUGUUGCACUAUGAUAGACUGCGUUUUAGUGGCGCCGCUUUCAGGUGGACAAUGAACACAUGCAGCUUGGAUCCGGUUGAUGGUGCCGGGGAGCCUGAAGACGGUCCUACCUGCAUGUGCGCAUUAUGCCCCUGAAAGCGCUGCCACUCUAAAAACAAUGUAUAUCAUAUGCACAGUAUAUUAUACAGCACUUAUAUAUUGCA